UAAUUACAUAUCCCAAUUCAAUCAAUAAUAACAACGAAUUGGUUAAUGUCCCCAUGUCAAUCUUUAUAAAUUACAUACCUUGCCCCUGAAAUUAAAACCUCUUCCGAGAAUAAUGUUUUUAAUGAAAUUUACAAACUCUUGGACACUUUUCACUCGUUAACCAUCUAUUUAUUUAUUCAUCCAUCUUGUCAGUCUAAUUGUCAAUUCAUACAUAUACUAUCCUUUAACCAUGAGAAUUGCUGCCAUCUUGACAGCAUGUUUGUCAAUUGCCACAAUAGCCAAGUCAACAGCAGUAGCUGAACCAGCAUCUGAUGAAUUCGAACUUGAUUUAGUUCAAAGAGGUUUAUUAACUGAUGUAUUGGAUAUUGGUGAAAGUUUACUUAAAGAUAUCAAUUUUGAAGGAAUUGCAGGUUGGGUAAACAAUAUCUUAACUGAAAAUGAUCAUGUCAAAUAUUUGGAUGAUCUUUUAAUUGGGUUAAAAGAUAUUGGUUUAGUACCUGUUGCUGCCGAAUUUAUCAUUUCCAAUAAUUAUACUAGAACCAUAGCUGGUCAUGUUAUUGUUGAUGCUCUUAAAGUUGGUGAAACUCUUAAUCUUACUAGUUUAUGGAUAGCAUUAGAUGAUUCUGGUUUAGCUUAUGAUCUUAUCGCAGGAAUUAUUGAAGACCCUAAUACUUUCCCAUCUAUUUUAACUAUUAUUAAAAAAUUCAUUGCUACUGGAGAUCUUUCACUUGGAGGCAUUAUCGGAGAUGCAGGUAAUAUUAUCGAAGGUCUCUAUGGUGGUGGUAUUGGAAGUAAUACAACCACUAAGGCCGCUACCACUACUACAAAGGAAGGUUUGUUUGGAUUCUUGACUGAUGGAGCUAAAACUACUGCAUUAAGUAAUACUACUACUACCACAAAGGCUGGAUUAUUUGCUUUCUUAACUGAUGGUGAUAAAUCAGCAACUACCACCACAGCUGCUACUAGUACUACCACAAAGGCAGGAUUAUUCGCUUUCUUGACUGAUGGAGCUGCCACUACUUCAGCAACAACAGCAGCUAGUACUACUACCACAAAGGCAGGAUUAUUCGCUUUCUUGACUGAUGGAGCUGCCACUACUACAACAGCUGCUCCAAUUGCUACUUCAGGAGCUAAUUCAAUAAAUCUUGGAGAAUUAGAUUCCGCUAUUUCUGCUAAUGGAAUUGCAACUUCGUCUCUUGCAGGAAAUCUUCAAGGAGUUGUUACAGAUAACUCAUACUUGGCUUCUCUUAAUACAAGAGAAGAAGAAUUAGCAAUCCAAAUCGCAAAAAGAGACAAUAUCGAAGCCUUAUUACAAACUAUUUUUGCAUCAGUCGAUAGAUCUGGUUUACUUAAUGAAACUAUUAAUGCCUUACUUAUUAAUGAAAAUUUCCAAGACGCUACUGUUAUUUUACUUUCUGACUUUUUCGAAAACUUACUUCAUGGAGAUGUUCACAUUCAAAUUGCUCCAUUAAUUCCAACAGUAAAGAGUUUACUUGCCUCAGGUAUAGUUGAACAUAUUUUUGAAAAGGCUAUAAAAGAUCCAACUUUAAAGGCUGCCAUCGAAAAUGAUAUUAAAAGCUUAUUCAGCUCCGGAAGCUCAAGCUCAAAGGAAGUAGUGAUCCCAGGAGUAGCAAAACAAGACAUUUUCUCAGCUCUUGUUUCAGCUGGUGAAUCAGUUUUCAUCAGUUCCAUAGAAGCUGAUAUUACAAAUGCACUUGAAACAAUGGCAUCAUUUACAACUGAUGUUGCUAGUAACACAGCAGAACCAACUAGUAGCUUCAGUCAUUCUACAGUUCAAAAAUCAGUGCUGAUACCUUCUUCAUCAGCCACCACUUCAAGUGGAUCAUCUAAUGGAUCCCCUAAUGUCACACCUUUAGGUUCAGGAUUAUUACAUAUUUUGGCUGCAGGUUUCAUGAUUUUAAUAUAAAAUUCUUCUUAGUUUUAGAUAUCCCCAUUUUUUCAUUUCUCCUCGUUACCCCUUAUUAAGUUUAACACUUUAAUAAACCUUUUAAAAUAUUUCGUUUGCAAUUUUCUACAUCUAUUUAGUUAUGCAAUAAAGUU